CGCAUCUGUGUGUGUGUGUGUGUGUGUGUAAGUGACUGAAUGAGAAAUUUGACUUGAUCAAGAGGCUUUCAUCCAAAGAGGUUUCGGAAUGAGAAACUAUGGCUUCGCUGGGACAGAUCAUCUUCUACAUCAUGAUCACGCUGAUUGCUGUCUUCUCAGCUCUCAUCAUUCUCAUCUUGUCUUUGACACUCUCAGAAGGCAGCUUGUCUCUGGUUCAGAGCCUCAAUAGACUUCCUGUGGCCAACCUCGGCAAAGACCACAUGCUCAGCUGCUUCCUGCCUCCAGACAGCGAACAAAGUACAUUCCAAGAGGUGUCAGUCACGUGGAGGAAGGAAUCACUGGAAGGAGUCGUUUACCGCUAUGAGGAUGGUGCCGAGAGCAACAGUGAGCAGAACUCAGAAUACAGCGGCAGGGUAGAGAUCUUCAGGGAUGUUGUGCCGAAAGGAAACGCCUCACUUCUUUUGAGGAAGGUGCGACGAAGUGACGCGGGCAAGUACACGUGCUCGCUCAGCCACUCCGGAGGCAGCGGGAAAGUCAACAUCAUCCUCAGGACGGCAGCUUUCACAGCACCCACGUUUACGUUGUCAAGCGGUGUCCUGACAGCUGAGGCAAGCAGAUGGUUUCCCAGGCCCAACGUAACAUGGCUGGAUGCCGACGACAACGUUCUGCAGGGGAGCACAGAUUUACAGCAGAGCUCUGCGGGCAUGUUUCGAGUGGUCAGCACACUGCAGUCGCUCAACAUCAGUGACAUAUACACGUGCAGCAUUAAGACUGAGCUUGUGGUCUCACACUCUGAUGCCACAGUGACAACAGACUCUGAUGUUACCACAGAAACAUAUUUUACCUUCAAUGCAGCAUCACCCUUGAUUGCGCCGUAUCUCAGAAUAAUGUGUGUCUUUUACGUUUAUCUAUUGUAAUGCAACACAAGUCCUUCAAAAUAAAAUAUAAAUUAUGUUCUAAUGUAUCACA